AUGAAGAAAUACUUCACCACCCACAAGGUUGUAGCCCCAUAUCACCCUCAGACCAGUGGACAAGUGGAGGUAUCUAAUAGGGAGAUCAAAAGAAUUUUGUACAAGACGGUAAAUCCUUUACGGAAAGAUUGGUCUCUGCGCUUGAAUGAUGCACUAUGGGCAUACCACACAGCCUUCAAGACCCCGAUUGUGGAGCUGGAGCAUCUGGCUUAUUGGGCCAACAAGCAAUUGAACUUUGAUCUCACGAAGGUUGGCUCACAGAGGAAGCUCCAACUCAAUGAAUUGGAGGAAUUGAGGAAUGAUGCUUAUGACUGUGCCAGGUCUUACAAGGAACGAAUGAAGAGGGCCCAUGACCAAAAUGUUCUAAGACAAUCUUUUGAGCCUAGUCAGAAAGUCCUUCUCUACAAUUCACGGUUGCAUCUCUUCCCAGAUCGAGGAUCCUACAAAUGGUACGACUUUCAAGGUCAGUGGACCAAGGCUGAAACCAUUCCUGGAGUUGAAGAGUCCGGAGAUUGA